UUGAUUCCUGCGCACAAGGAAACACAGACACGGACGGAGGAUGGAAACAAAACUCUUUGUGUUCCAAAUGUAAUUACAAACGCUAUUCUGUGGAUCUAUUGUGCAAUAUUUCAAAGUAACAAGCAAUCUCAAACAAUGUAUGCUUUAGCAUUGCUCCUUCUUACUGCUAUAUGUCUAGAAUCUCAUGGUUUUGAUCUCGCGAAAAAUCUCAGAUAUUUUGAAACAAUCCACAAAGACGAAAUUAGUCACAACGUUGUUAAACGAGGAAUCAAUCCAAGCCAGCACAAGUUCAAUCAAAUCAAAGAAAUUGAUUUUAAAGCUCUGGGGAAGAAUUUCCGUCUAAUCUUAUCACCAACGAAAGGUUUGCUGAGUCCUAACUUUAAAGCUGUAGAGAUUGAUGGCGAGGAAGAAAAGGAACAUUUUAUUCCGAUUGAUCAUGAAUCUUUCUACGACGGACGCGUGUUUGGAGAGACGGAGUCUAGAGCCCAGGUUCACAUGGAAGACGGAGUUAUAACAGCGAAUAUAUUUACUUCGGAAGAUGUUUAUCACAUUGAACCCUCAUGGAGACAUUUACCAAACACUGAUCAACAAACCAUGAUUGCAUAUAAGGAGUCGGACAUCAAGUUUUCUUGGACGGAGCCAGACGAAAAUAGUUUCAUUCCGCCGAAAGUUUGUGAUUUUGUUCGGGAGAACGGGACGGUUGACUUGGAUGAAGGGGAUGAGAAUGAGACGAGGAGUAAAAGAUCGUCGGAACCGUUCUACGCAACGGCCGGUGAGGGUUCGCUUCGGCAGACGAGAUGUCCACUGCUGUUAGUAGCGGACUACAGGUUCUACAAGGAGAUGGGAGGAUCUAAUUCUAAAACUACAGUCAACUAUUUAAUCAGUUUAAUCGACAGAGUUCAUAAAAUCUACGAGGACACAGUCUGGCGGGAUACCCCGGAGUCAGGCGGGUUCUCCAACAUGGGAUUCAUCAUCAAGAAGAUCGUUGUGCACAGGAAACCAACUCAGACAAGGGAGAACGAGGUUCAUUACAAUAUGUUCAGAUCCUCCUGGGACGUGAGAAAUCUACUCGAAGUGUUUAGUAGAGAGUACACUCAUAAAGAUUUCUGUCUCGCGCAUUUAUUCACGGAUAUAAAGUUCGAAGGAGGUAUCCUGGGUCUAGCCUAUGUAGGUUCUCCGCGGAGAAAUAGUGUCGGAGGUAUCUGUACUCCAGAGUACUUCAAGAACGGGUACACAUUGUAUCUAAACUCUGGGCUUAGCUCCAGCAGAAACCACUAUGGACAGCGGGUGAUAACAAGAGAAGCUGAUCUUGUGACGGCUCAUGAGUUUGGACACAACUGGGGCUCGGAGCACGAUCCUGAUGUGCCGGACUGUAGUCCCUCUGCUAGUCAGGGUGGAUCGUAUCUUAUGUACACCUACAGUGUAUCCGGGUAUGAUGUAAACAACAAGAAGUUUUCUCCUUGUUCACUGAGGUUCAUCCGUAAAGUUUUGCUCGCUAAAUCUUCCAGAUGCUUUACAGAACCAGAGGAAUCCUUCUGUGGAAACCUACGGGUAGAAGGAGAGGAAGAGUGUGAUGCAGGUUUACUAGGCUCCGAGGACCGGGAUGCAUGCUGUGAUGAAAACUGUAAACUCCGGGAGGGAAGUAUCUGCAGUGAUAAGAACUCCCCCUGCUGUAACAACUGUCAGUAUAUGGCGGUUAACGCUAAGUGUCGAGCAGCAAACUACGCCACGUGUGAGAAAGAAGCCUCCUGUACCGGAACCUCGGCCGAGUGCCCGAAAUCUGAUCAUAUGCCGGACGAAACCAACUGUAUUGAGAAAGGAAAAUGUCGGGACGGAAAAUGUAUCCCGUACUGUGAAACCCAGGGUGAACAGUCCUGUAUGUGUGAUAACAACAUUGAAGACGCGUGUAAGAGAUGCUGUAGGAAAAAUCUGAAUAGUUCUUGUAACGCUGUGAAACCUAGUGAUAUCUUACCGGACGGAACCCCCUGUUAUCAAGGUUUCUGCCAUCAGGGCCAGUGUGAGAAGUCCAGUCCUGACCCAAUAGUUCGGAUCAUUGAUAUAUUUAAAGAUAUCAGCAUCACAUCCGUGCUUAAAUUCUUGAAGGAUAAUGUUGUUGGUACAGUUAUAUUUGUAUCUCUACUGUUCUGGGUUCCUAUAUCCUGCCUUAUCAGCUGGGUUGACCGGAAACGCGCCAAACAGGACGCUAAAGACUGGGAGUGGAGAAGACAGGACGAACUUAUUCAUCCAGAAGACAAACGUCGGAUAAUCCAUAUGCGGGUUCCGAAACGGAAUACGACGGAACAGAUAACUCCGGAGCACAGGGCUGAUCUCGUACAUAGGAAUACAAUCUCACAACAGUCAUCCAUGUAAAUCAUGUACAUACAUACAGGGAACCCCAUAAACUGGAAUAGGAAGAUGAAUUUGAGACUUAAAUCAAUCAUGAUAUUAGAUAGUCCAAUUGUGCAGUAUACACAAUCCAUCUCAGUUUAAAACCUGGUAUAAUAUUUGCUAUAAAAACCUAAAACACAAAUAACCUUACUUAAAUGUCGUCUUUCUAUGGUUUUAUGGAUCUACUGUUGAAUAUUCACUAUUCAGUACUCUUAUUACAUUGAACAUUCAGUGUCUAGCGUACACCGUAAAUCAAGUAGGCAGUACUUGAAGUUAUUGUGUUGGUCAUUGUUUGUUAGCCAUUUCUUUCUACUCAACUAUAAAUUGUUUUUCUUCUGUUCUCCCGAUAUUUUCUUUGAGGGUCAAAAUUUUGUCAAAUUAUACUGAUAGGAAACUAGCAGAAAAUGAUUUUUGUAAUACGAUGGACCUCGUUGAUCAUUGUGGAGCCAAAAAUACUGAAAUGUUAAAAAAAAUUAAAAAUGGCCGACACUUCUAAUAGUACACUCAACAAUCAGUACUGUAAGUACACUGAAUAACACUUACUCUACACAAACGUAUUAAUACAUGAUAUUUUUAAUCAAAUUGACUACUGUACAGCCCGUACAGUUUUAACUGUACUUUCCGUACAGUUGUAUGCUUAUAAUUGUACAAAGUUGACCUUAUGUACAGAUGUACACCUGACGUAAAAUCUCAACCAAAGAUAUUUAGUUAAAAGCGAUAUUCUUCAUUCUUCAGGGCAUUGCUUAGUUCUUAAAAACUAUUAGUUAUAUGUACUUCUUGACCUUUUAUCCUCAUUUUUAUAUAUAUCUAUGAUAUCAAAAUUAUGUCGAGCUGUAUGUUUUUAACAAUGUGUAAACAAUUACCAAAAAUGUAACAUUCCGUUUUUUAGUUCUGCUUCCUUUAUUCUUAAUUUAAAAAGUCAAAAAUAACAGGUGAUUUAAUCAAUUUGUUUUAUUAAACGAAUUUUUAACGAAAUAAUUAUGCAUCAUUUAUUAAUUGCGUGCCAUCAAUGAUUCACAUUAAUGAAUGUCUCUUUAACCCACUUCUUAAGAAUUCAUUGUAUUCCAAUCCAAGUUGCAAAAAUAUUAUUAAUAUAACUUUGGCGUGGACUGAAGGAAAUUUGUAAAAAACGAGCUAUAUCCCAAAUUGCUAUUUGUUUAGGCUAAUAUAAAAUAAAAUAAAAUAAAAUAUUUUACAUAAAAAGAAGGACUAUUUCACCAUAUGCCACCGUUUUUGCCCUGUAAAUUUACCUUUUUUCGAUUAACAAGAUCUCUCAGAGGGUCUUGACAGUUGUUUUAUAAUUAAGUAAACAAUAAAAAUUAAUUGAAACAUCAUUUUGGUUUUAAUCAACUUGUUAAAGCCAUAUUUAUUUAUACUUGAAUGCUGACUUAGAUUUGAAUAUUUACUAUAAUUAGUUGACAUUAAUUAAUUUUCUAGUCGUUUAUAUUUCAUUAAAUGCAUA